AUGUAUAUUUAUGUCGACCUUCCACGAUUCGACCUCUGGGCCAUCAUUGACCCUAAGAUUUCACGCGAAAUUCUUGUGGAAGACAAGCAUCGCCGGCUUGACAAGCGCGGACUUGCCAGAUCCCCCAAGUCUGUCACUUGGCGUGAUCCUUCAGAAGUUAAGGUCGUGGCGACAAUGUACGGGCGGGUGGUGUUCAAGCUUCUGAGUAAUAUUUUAGAGUCCAAACAUAGCGGUGAACACCACGAGUUCAUGCGAUACCAAGGCGUGUUUGUCAGGAUCCUCGCCAAACAAGCCAAGGAGCUGCACACUUCUAAAGACCUACGACCCAAAAAAAUCGAAAAGUCUUCAAGUCAAAUCUAUACUGCUUCUUGUUAUAUUCCCAGUGUUCUGACAGACCAGUUCGUCCUCCAGUUGUUCACGCUCAAGGACCUGAAGCUCAUUCCCUAUGAUUGUUUGAGGGAUAUUGCAGACGGGCUCUGCUGCAGUUCAAAUGCUUAUCAACUUCUCCGGAUCAGAUGUACUUCGGACGACAUGGUUUUGCUAGAAAAUUACUAUCCCGACACUGCAACCAGUACUAGUCAAGCAUGUUUACUCGUGAUACUAGACCAGGCCUAA